AUGUCAAUUAUCUUCUACGAUAUACCGUCCACAUCACCUGGGUACUCUGUCUCCCCAAACACCUGGAGGACAAGAUACUGCCUCAACCUGAAAGGUCUUCCAUACACCACCGAAUGGGUCGAGUUUCCUGACAUCAAAACCCUGUACGAAAAAUUGGGUGUGCCACCAACAUCUAAAACACUUGACGGGAACCCGCACUACACUCUUCCCAUGAUCUACGAUCCUUCCACGCAGAAAUACAUCUCAGACUCGCUUGCGAUCGCUCAGUAUCUGGACGCGCAGUAUCCAGGCACCGCAGAAUCUGGCAGAGGGACGAUAUUCCCCAGUGGUUCUGCUGGAGUGAUUCAGAACUUUGCUGAAACUGCGAUACCAUUGAUGAUGGAUGCGCGAUACCUUAUCACCUGGAGUCUCUUUAGGAAACUGAAUCUGAGCAAUGCGACGUAUUAUCGUGCGCUUCGAGAGGCGACCUUUGGUAUGAAGAUGGAAGAGCUCGUGCCGGAUGAUAAGCUCGUUAACGAGAUAGCCACUCUUGAAGGUAUCAUGAAGGAAAUUGACACUCUGUAUUCAAAUACGAAUAAAGGGGAGGGGACGUAUCUCGUUGGGGACGUGAUCUCAUGGGGUGAUAUUAUGCUUGCGGCGGUAUUGGUCAUUUUUAGGAUUUCUUGGGGAGAGGAUAGCGAGCUUUGGAAGCAAUUGACUUCAUGGCAUAAUGGACGGUGGGGGAAGCUUAUGGAGAGUAUGAAUCGAUAUGAGUAG